AUGAGAAAAUCUAGUCUAAGCAAAGUUCAGAAAAAUUUUAAAGUAUUCAAUGAUGUCAAUGAACACGAAAACAGAUACGCACAAUUGACUUUGGAAGACUCAAUAGCAGAAUCAUCUGAGGGGGAAAAAGUAAGUUCUAAUGAAGAUGAUUAUGAUCCUACCAGCUUGGAUAUUUCAAAUAAAAACACCGAGCCAACAGAGAAAGACACUUUAUCUACCAAUGCUUUAGAUAACAAUGAAGAUUUUAUUGGAUUUGAUUUUGAUAGCAGUAGUGAUAAUGAUGAGUACGAGAAAAGUGAUGAAGAAGUGAACUUUGAAGAGGACAAAGAUGACUCUAGUUCUACUGGAAAACAUGUUUUCAAUAGUGAUUAUCCAUGGAUAUUAAACCAUGACCAUUCAAAACAAAAGGAAAUUGCAGACUGGCUAUGCUUAGAGAUCAAGGACUUUGUGGCGUAUAUAUCGCCCAGUAGGAGUGAAAUUAAAAUUAGAAACAAAACCAUAUCGAAGAUUAGACAGGCAGUUAAAGAAUUUUGGCCAGAUGCCGAUCUUCAUAUUUUUGGUUCUUAUGCUACAGAUCUAUAUUUACCGGGUAGUGAUAUAGACUGUGUUGUUAAUAGCAAAGCUGGUGGUAAAGAGAGUAGGUCUAAUCUUUAUUCUUUGGCUUCCUUUUUAAAGAGAAAGAAAUUAGCUAUUCAAGUGGAAGUUAUUGCAAAGGCCAGGGUGCCUAUUAUUAAAUUUGUAGAGCCUGAAUCAAACAUCCACAUUGAUGUUUCGUUUGAAAGGCUUAAUGGCUUAGAAGCUGCUAAAAUUAUUAGAGAUUGGUUAACGGAAACACCCGGUUUACGGGAACUAGUUUUAAUUGUUAAACAGUUUUUAAGUGCUAGAAGACUAAAUAACGUUCAUAACGGUGGGCUUGGUGGUUUUAGUAUUAUUUGUUUAGUUUACUCUUUUUUACAACUGCACCCAAGAAUAUUGACCGAUGACAUCGAUCCAAUGAACAACUUGGGUGUUUUAUUGAUUGAUUUUUUCGAGUUGUAUGGAAAAAAUUUUGCAUAUGACGAUAUUGGGAUUUCAGUAACAGACGGCAAUGUUCGCUAUUUGAAAAAAAGCCAACAUCCGGAUUUAACCAUGGGUAGUAGAUCAUCUUUUACCUUGUGCAUACAGGACCCUGGAGAUGCCAAGAAUAAUAUUAGCAGAGGUUCAUUCAACAUCCGUGAUAUUAAGAAGGCAUUUGCAGGGGCAUAUGAUUUAUUGACCGAUAGGUGUUAUGAAUUGUAUUAUGCCACGUAUAAAGAACGUGUAGGUAAAUCUAUUUUGGGAAAUGUCAUUAAAUACAGGGGGAAAUUGAGGGAAUUUAGAGAUGAGAGAAAUCUGGUUACCAACAAGGCCAUCGUUGAAAAUGAAAAUUAUCAUAAGAGAAAGAGGGAUAUGGUUAAUGGCGAAGAUAGCUAUGAAAGGGAUGAAGAUAUCUUUGUUAUUGGAACCAGUGACGAAGAACAUGAAAAAUAUAAAAUUACUGAGGACAAAAGUUACGAUGAAGAAAGGCAGGAUAUGUCUAAAAUAGACAAAAGUAAGGAAGAAAAAAAAAAAAGGAAUAAACCAGCCAAUGAUAAACGCAAAAAACAAAAGAUUAAACAUGAUAAAAAAAAGGAAGAAUCUGGCGAAAAAAAGAAAAAAGAUGUAAUAAAAGAAAUAUCGAAAAAAAGUGUGGAUGAUUACAUGGGUUUAAAUGAUAACAGCAAUGAAGAAGCAGAUGAUGAAUAUAAUCCAGAGCUGGUUGACAUUUCCACUACAAGUGAGACAAAAGAGCCAGCGUUUGAAUUUAAGGACGGAGAUAAAAUCCAGUCCGACGCUUAUGAUGUGGAAAAUGACAGUAGUUAUUCUCCAUCUAUAAUAGAGCCAAAACUCAACAAACAACGUAAAAGAGACUAUUGGUUAAGUAAAGGAAAUUCUUUAUAA